AUGAAAUGUAUUUCUCAAUUUGCUGGGGCUUUGGUUGAAGGUUAUUGCUGUGUUGAAUUAUUUAUUGUGAGUAAGAUAAAUUUAUCAAAACAAUCAUUAAAACAUAUCCUGCGGGUUGGACAAUUAUCUGAGAAAGGAAAACCUUACAAUGAUGAUGUUGAAGGAUCAUUUUCGGUGUUUCAUGUCAAAACCAUAAGCAGAGCACUCAAAGAGUAUCUGAAAACAAAAAAGAAGGAAAAAGGAGAAAACUGA